GACCAGUUCCAGUUGAACUACGUUCAUUUCUCUUAGUCUGACUGAUGCUACACAGUUAAUCAGCAGAGAGCAAAUUACAGUACUAUGGCUGAGAUGGCAGGUGCUGCAGAAUAUCAGGAUGAUAUUACAGUUGUCAAAGAGAGGAGAGAAGUAGAAAACAUUUCCAUGCAAGAAAAUAUUCACAGAGAAUCUGGAAGUGGAGAAACGGUUCGGAGUUCGGAGGCACAGUCGGAAUCUUUCUUCAUGAGCAGUUUUCAGGAAAGGGAACCAUGCCCAGUGCCCAGUGUGAUGUCCAUGAAGAGUGAGAAGUCAAGGAAUCGCCUGGUUCACUUGGCAGAGGACUAUACAGAAACUCAGGUUCACCUUGAGAAAUCUGAUUCAUCAGAUUCUGAUUCACCUGAUUCACAGCCAGAUGAUUCCGUUCUCCCUGAAAAUUCUUUAAGCUUUCAUGAUGAUAGACGACGAUCUCCAGUGCCUAGUGUGAUGUCCAUGAAGAGUGACCAGUCAAUGGUUCUUCCCACAUCAUUUGCAGGAGAUGGAACCUCUUGGGAAAGAGGAAAUCUGCCCUGUUCAGUUUGUCCUGGAAGAGCUCUUAAAUCAUGCCUGACCUGCAUGGCCUCCUUCUGUGAAGCCCAUGUGAGGCAGCACUACACAGCUCCGGCACUGCACAGACACAAACUAGUGGAGGCCACUGAAGACCUGGAACAGAGACUCUGCCAACAGCACUACAGAGAGCUGGAGUUCUUUUGCAAGACUGAUAAGAUUACAGUCUGUGCAAUGUGUGUGGCUAGAGAACACAGUGGACAUGAAAUAACAGAACAGGGGGAACAUGAGGUAUGCCUUUGGCUUUUCGAACUUCCAACAAUGAUAUGA